AUGGCAUCGCCAGCAAGCACAGUGAGAGGGAAAGAAGAAACCGGAGGAAUUGAGGGACCCAAAAGCUCAAUUGAAGGCGAUGAAACAUCCCAAUUAACAUUGCCGCAAGAAGGAGUACCACCACCAUCAGAACCAUUAGCAACGACACUGAGUGUAAACCCAGCCGGAACUUUAAAUGCAACACCAGCGAAGGGACAGUCCAGCUCUGAUGACGGCUCCGCCCAGGAAGAAGGACUCAAAUUACCAACACCAAAAGCACCUGCAGCAGCAGCGGCAGAAGCAACAACACAAACAAAAGAUGAAAACCCCUCCUUUGCAGAUGACCCUUCAGUGCAACAUGUAGAAGCAUCUCAACACCACAUGGAGUCAAGAAGUGCCUCACGAAAAGAAGGAACCAUCCCCACCACAGUCACCAUAACAGACGGACCAACAGAAGUUAGCGCCGAAUCAACUCCAACAUCACCCUCAGCUUCCAAAGGUGCCAUCACAAAUGACGCUGACAAAGGAAAUGAAGAAGGCAUUCCAAAACAUGAUCAAGCACCUGAUGUUGAAGCGAAGAAAGAGGCACAACAAGGUGAAGAUAAAGAAGAAAAUACAAAUAAAACGGCAACUGUCGAAGCCGCAGCUAUAACAAAUGAUGCUGCGACUAUUGGCGACAGUGACGGCAGCACCACAGUUUCCCACACCACCUCCCCUCUUUUGCUUCUUCUUCUUGUUGUUGCGUGUGCGGCUGCUGCUGCGGUGGUGGCCGCGUGA